GAAUAUAGAUAUAUUGGAAUGGAGACACACAAAAGCAUGAAAAUGGAGUCAAUAUACACUGCUGAAGAACCAACAUUGCAAGGAGGAUGACUAAUUGUGGAUUAGUGAUGAAUAAACCUCGAUAAUUGCGUCUUCUGUUUCCCCAAUCACCUUGUAUCUUAGUCUUGCUGUAUAUUCCAUAUAAUCUAGAUUACAUAGAGAAGUGGUUGUAUUCACAGACAAGAAAUUGAACGAAUCCAGCUUUUAAUCCCCUCUCUUAAUAUGGCUGCUUUGCAUCGAUCGCAAAAUGUAACUGGAAUCGCGAAGUCUGAACAUUUUUGACGCAGCCCAAAUGCUAUCUAGAAUAUAUAGAUACGUUCGAAAAGAAGAGCGGACGCCUUCACCAUCUGAGAUCACCAAUGGUCAAACUGACAGAACAUUUGAUCCAGAAGUUGAAGAAAUUGAUGAAGUCGAUUUACUUGCCGAUGAGCUAGAAGGUGAUUCUCUCAUUAUCGACGAAUCCCGUUCAGGACCUAUCUACAAUCAUAUACUUCGACCCCAACAAUAUGGAACAUCUUUUGCCAAUGCUGUCGACUUUAAAUCAGAUUCCGACUUCAAACUUGUAAAGUUCAACUCCGAAGUGGACCUUUUCCCCAAAAUUACCAAAUUGAAGAAUGAGUAUGAAACAAAGAUUAACAAGUUCUAUUUACCAGAUUUACACAGACUCGAGAAGAAAGUGCCAAGUGGUGUCAUAUCAGAUGAAAGAUUUAAAUACUCCGUUGACUACAAACUCCAGGAGGUUGAAGACGAAAAGAAAGAAAAGGUGAGCAAGGUUGUACCUUUGUCUCCUGAACAAUUACAAGAAGUCAAUAAAGCAUUGCGUGAUCACAAUUCUCAAAGGGUGGUUGUUUCCAAUUACCAAAUAGACAUAACGGUAAGGGACAUUCAAACUUUAAGACCCCAACAAUGGUUAAAUGAUAAUAUAAUAGAUUACUACUUCAAUCUCAUUUCAGAUCAAAAUUCUGACUAUUACAGCUGGACCAGCCAUUUCUAUACAACAUUACAAGAGAGAGGAUAUGAUGGGGUUAGACGAUGGUCCAAAAGGCGGAAAUUGAACCUUUUUGAAAAGAAGCUCAUAUUCAUACCUAUCAACAUUAGUUCAACUCAUUGGGCAUUAUCCAUUAUCAAUAACCAAAACAAGACUAUCGAAUACUUUGAUUCAUUGAGGAUAAUCAGUGGAGAAUUCUCUGGCCUUUAUUUGAUUAAAUCAUAUAUGGAAGGGGAGGUUAUAAGGCUUGGAGCUCUGGUUGAUAUAAGCGAGUAUAGGUUUCUUCCAAACUCCCAAGUCCCUCAACAGAAAAAUGGAUUUGACUGUGGUGUUUUUACUUGUAUCUGUGCUAACUACUUAUCACAGUCCAAGGGUUUAGAUUAUAGUCAAAAGGAUAUGCCCAUAUUCCGUCACAGAAUGAUUUACGAGAUAUUACAUGGAAAAUUACUAAAGUAACAUGGUGGUUUAUUAGGACAAGUAUAUCGUGUGCUUUGUAAUAUAUAGACGCAUACAAAUAAACAAUUGAGUUCAAUAACCUAGCGGUUUUACUGUCAGUAAAAAAGAUUCAAAAAAAUGCAGCUGAAGUCGACUUUUAAGCUGGUUGCAUGAUAGAAAAGAGGUAAACAUGGAAAACAGGAUACGAAUCAAUGUGUCUAACAUCUAUAUUCAGGUUCCUCAAAAAUGCGUGUGAACUCGUUUCAAUUAUUUCAAUAGAAUAGAAGGCUUUGCAGCCUUAUUAAUUUUGAUUCACUCGUAUUUAUUCAUACUUCUUGAAGCCAGAAGCCAUCAUCUCUUUAAUAGCCUGUCUGAUAUUUCCCCAAUCAGAGCAUUACAGCCGUCUCCACUUCAAAUUACAAACUUUCCUUAGGCCUGUACUUUUCACGUUCACAAACUCUUCGAUUUCCCC